UCGCCGAUCCGCUGCCAGUUUUCCAAAGAACGUUGCCUCGUGCGGAUCUCCAGGACUAUUGUAAAGGAAGUUAAGAAAGUUUGGUGUGUGAGUGUUGGAAGUGGUAAUCAUAUAAUUUUUGAAAACCAUUUAGCUUUUGGGUGUUGUAUUCUAAGCAGUUUAUUGCGGUGGAUUAGCCAAAGCUAGCCUCUCUCGUGGUGACAGAAACAGUGAACUUCCGGGAGACGGAAAUAGAGAGUUUCCGUGUCUCCUAACCUGCUUCUAUUGUUCUAGUUCACGUGUUGUACCGAAUCUAGUGCGCUAGUAAAUAUACGGCAUCGCUAUCCAAGUGGAUAAUUACACAUCCGACGGCAAAUCCUUUGAACUCACUAUAGUAUGGCAGUGCCCGGGGCUAAUCAAGUGUAAAUCCUACAGAUCCCACGGCGUCUCGUACGCAGCACAAAACAAAACACGAAUCAUAAAAUGCAGUGUUUGUGAUAGAUUUGUUUUAGAUUCAGAAUGAUGUCCUUCUUAGUAACUUGGUCCGAAUUUUCCCUUUCGAUCUAAAGCUAUAAAAAAUAGAAGCAACAAGUGGUUUAUUUUUAAAGGCGCUUGGCGACGCUACGGAAAUUCCGCGUAGGAGUUUGUAACUUUCGAUUUAGCAACCGGAUCCGCGUCAGCGCCAUAUAUGUUCGAGCUGGAUGACCCACGGGAAAAGCUGAGAUUACUGGAGACCCCAGUCAAGCUGGUCGACAGUCCAGGCAACAUUGAAACUGGCAAACUAACCAAGGAUUCGUUGGUGGACGGCGGCUGCAAAAACGGCGUCGACGGGGGCGUGGGAGGCACCGGGGAGGAAGUCGCCCUGGCGAUGACCACCCUCGGUCAGAUCAAGGCCGCCUCCAGGAAACCGGGCCACUGCUUGGAUCUGGCCGAGUCCGACCAGCGGGAAACAUGGUCCGGCAAGGUGGACUUUCUGCUCUCGGUCAUCGGGUUUGCCGUGGAUCUGGCCAACGUGUGGCGCUUUCCGUACCUCUGCUACAAGAACGGUGGCGGUGCAUUCCUUGUUCCUUACUGUGUGAUGCUGUUGGUCGGCGGAAUUCCUCUCUUCUACAUGGAACUGGCACUGGGUCAGUUCAACAGGAAAGGUGCUAUCACCUGUUGGGGCCGUCUAGUACCUCUUUUCAAAGGUAUCGGCUAUGCGGUCGUCCUCAUCGCUUUCUACGUAGACUUUUACUACAACGUGAUCAUAGCGUGGUCGCUUAGGUUCUUCUUUGCUUCGUUCACCAGUCAACUGCCUUGGACACUGUGUGACAACUCCUGGAACACGAUCCUGUGCAAACCGUUUGAGUUCGGCGGUCCCAACAAAACUGCCGCGACGGCAGCAGCAGCGUCGGUGACAACUAUCAAUGGAACGGUAGUCAACACGACCAUUGCCUUGUCCAACGAAACGGUUAAAUUUGCCUCGGCAGCGUCGGAGUACUUCAAUCGUUACAUUCUGGAAUUAGACAAAAGCGCUGGUCUUCACGACUUGGGUUCCAUCAAGUGGGACAUGGCGCUGUGUUUACUGGCCGUAUACCUGAUUUGCUAUUUUUCAUUGUGGAAAGGGAUCAGCACUUCGGGAAAAGUGGUUUGGUUUACGGCUUUGUUCCCGUAUGCGGUGCUGUUGAUCCUGUUGGUUCGAGGAAUCACACUUCCAGGAUCGGCCGAUGGAAUCAAGUACUAUUUGAGCCCCCGGUUUGACAUGAUCGAGAAGCCGGAAGUGUGGGUCGAUGCCGCCACCCAGGUAUUUUUCUCGCUGGGCCCUGGUUUUGGUGUGCUACUGGCGUACGCUUCAUACAAUAAAUAUCACAAUAACGUUUACAAGGAUGCCAUUUUGACCAGUUUUAUCAACUCGGCCACCAGCUUCGUAGCAGGAUUUGUGAUUUUUUCGGUGUUGGGAUACAUGGCACAUGCCAGCGGACAAGACAUCGAAGACGUUGCGACCGAAGGACCCGGAUUGGUUUUCGUGGUUUACCCAGCUGCCAUUGCUACCAUGCCCGGAAGCAUCUUUUGGGCGAUGAUUUUCUUCAUGAUGCUGCUGACCCUGGGAUUGGAUAGUUCUUUUGGUGGAUCGGAGGCGAUCAUAACGGCCUUGAGUGAUGAAUUCCCUAAAAUAGGACGUAAUCGGGAAAUAUUUGUGGCUGGCCUCUUCACGUUGUACUUUUUCGUGGGACUUGCUAGUUGUACGCAAGGUGGAUUCUAUUUCUUCCAGUUGUUGGACCGAUAUGCAGCUGGAUAUUCUAUAUUGAUUGCUGUGCUGUUUGAAUCUAUUGCUGUUUCAUGGAUAUAUGGAACGCAACGCUUCUGCGAGGACAUCAAAGACAUGAUCGGUUUCGCUCCGGGCAUCUACUGGCGCGUCUGCUGGAAAUUCGUGGCCCCUCUUUUCCUGCUGUUCAUCAUCAUCUACGGUCUGAUCGGGUACGAACCGCUCAGCUACGAGGACUACGUCUAUCCACCGUGGGCAAACGUUCUUGGCUGGUGCAUCGCAGGCUCUUCGAUGAUUAUGAUUCCGCUGAUAGCGUUCUACAAAUUGAUCGUCACACCGGGCACGUUCCGACAGCGGUUAAUAAUACUGACGACGCCGUGGCGUGACCAGCAGAUGUCCGUCAACGGGGUAAUGACUGAGCCGGCUCAGGUUCGGUUGACCAACUCGGACGAAGGCGAAGAGGUUUGAGUGCGAUCGUUCUCGCUCAAAUUUGACAUAUAUUUUGUUUGAUUAUGUGUAAGAGAAGAAUGUUAUUGUUUUUUGUGAGCUUAGGAUAUGAAAACUAAUUAGCGAGCCUUCGGUUUGUGUGGGCUACUACAGAUCACUGAAUUUUUACUAGGAUUGUAUAACAAUUUCUCGAUAGGUAAGCUAAAGCAAAAAACAAAGUGUGUUAUAUAACAGGUAGGCGUGUCUAUAGGCGCUCGUAGAGUGCAAAAUUCGGGAUUAGCGAAACGCUGUUGAUACGAACUUGUUUUUUCAAUGGUAGAUUUUUUAAGGGCAAUCAUCGAAGUCAGACCAGAAAUGCUGUAUAGAUAAUAGAUCCACGUGAUUUCACAGACCGCAUGCGGGAGGUAAACAACAAGCGAAUUGAAUCAUAUUCGGUGGUCCCUCGUUACUGAGAGGGGCUUGCUUUUGGCAGGAUGUCUACACAACUGUACAUAAAUUCGCGUUGUAGCCUGCCAAAAGCGACUAAAGUUAGGAGUUUUGUCUUUAAUUGAUUAUGUUUUAGGGCUUCUCGAGGGGAGAAUGCCUCGUAACAUGUUGUUACAAGUUUUUACUGUGGCCGUUGAUGAUAGAAAUAUUUUAAACUAUAGGAAAAAUGCAAAACCACGCGAGUAAUGAUGAAACUUAACUAGAGCAGAAUGGAUAGGUUUGUGUCCAGAAUAUAACUGUUAUUGAAGCUUCAACUAUCGUUCCCUACAUGUAUAGCUUUUUAUGACUUUGUGUUGUUCUCUUUUCCUCGUAUAUGCACAGCGUUCGAAAGUAGGGAGGAGAACUAGCUUUCUGCGGAGGCCACCAUACUCGUGUAGAGCUUGACAGCCAUAAAGCUCUAUUUGUGUAAGGGCGUUUCCACUGUGUGCGGUUUCCCUUUUGUUCGAAGCGCUUAAAGCUGCGAGACAUUAAUUUCCAAUUGUCUAUGAAAGCUUUUUUGCAAGUAUACAGUAAAAAGUUAACUAAAUUGAAUAGAGAUUAAGUCAUGAAACCAGAAAAUACAAAAGAUAUUUAAUAGAAAAUGAAGCUUGAACCUUGACAAAAGAAAUAGAAAUACUGCUUUUUAUGGACAUAAAAAUAAAAUAAAAAUCGACUACGUGUAGCCAAACUCCAGUGUGAUUAGAAAUGAAUCAGCAUACAGGAUAUAUACGAAAGUCUCAUGUGAAGGCAUUAUUAACCACUAAACUACGAUGUACUUUCUACCAACAAGUAAUACUUCUGUAGGGCUCGUUGUUGUGAAAUGGACUAAACUACUAAAGUUUCCACAAUGGAAAGUCUAAUCAAAUUUUGUAACACCAACAACUUUAUUGCGAAGGAGUGCGGAUUGGAUAUUAUGGUGUCAUAAAUAGAAUCAACUUGCUUUCGCGUUCAUUAUUUUGAAUUAAGUUUCAAAUGAUUCCUAUAUAGUCAUAAAAACAGUUUUUACUUUGUUCAUGAUUUUUAUAUCGCUGUCUUUGAAUUUUUUAUAUGAUUAUCUGUAAUGAAUUCGUUAGAUUAGACUUUGCAACUUUUUCUACAAUGAAUACAGUGUUUGCAGUCUUUCUCGUCAGCCAUUGGAAAAGCCUGCAAACGCCACCACACUUAUUUUUUUAAUUUCUUUGGGGUUUCGAUUGGUUGACAAAAAUGCUUAUGUUUUUCAUUAAUACACAUUAUAUUUUAUAUUUACAACUUCCAAUGAUAAGUGACAACUAGAAUAAACGAUGAUCACUAGAUAGAACUGAUAUCAAAUAAUGACAGUUAAAGAACCAAUAUAAAAUAAGAAAAUACAAAAAAACGGGACCGUUUGUAAAUUAGAAUGUAAAAUUUUAAAUUGAAAAAAGUGAGGAUUUACAUCGCAUUUGAGAAUACAGUUACAGAACAGUAAGGGAAUAAGACAGAGUUAAUGAGAGAAAACAAAAGUAAUCAGAGAAAGGCUUCAUGAAUCAUAUAGUAGGCCAUGAAUGUUUGAAAGUAAAAAGUAUUAUUGUUACGGGGUAGAGAACAUGCCGUGUGAGUUUUGACUAAACACAACCCAACAUUUCACGCAUUGUGAAAUUUAUCCACUUAGAAAUCAGUUUUUAUUUCUAUUUAACAGAAAUACCUACACCAUGACUUUUCUUAUAUUCGUAAUUUUUAAAGAACGCAUUUGCAAUCUUUCUCGACAGCCAUAGAGAAAGUUUGCGAAUAUAACAGAUUUGCAAAAUUCAGCAAUCAGAUUAUUUUUUAUUUUUAAAUAAUAUUUAAAUAGAAAGGAAUCUGCAUACACAUAAAACCCACUUUAUAGGAUUGAAACUGCAAAUGUUGCUCAUUUCUUAGCUCACAGAAAAGGGAAAAAAAAUCUGGAAUUGGCAUAUAGCAUUGGAAAAUACGAUUUUUUUAGUUAGAACCCUACACACUUAAAUUAUUUUUUAGAUCUCGGCAAAUUUUUUGCCGAGAUUCCAACAGCCGAGAUCUCGGUAAUAUGUUUUACUGAAAUUCGGUAAUUCCUUUACCGAAAUUUCGUCAAUAUUUUGCCGAAAUCCGGCAAAGUUGAUUUUUUGCCGAGAUCUCGGUAACGAUUACCGAUGACUCGGUAAAAAAUUUACCGAAAUUCGUCGAAACAUAGAAUCGGUAAACAUAGAAUUUUAAGUGUGUAGACAUAAUUUCAUUAAAAAUAUAUUUUAAACGGAUACGUCACUAUUGUUGAAUUUUUAUUUGUCUUUUGUUUUUACUUUGGAUUUAUAUUAGCGGUCUAAAAUGUGUUUGACCUAUUGCUAUUGACCGAAUGUCAAGUCUAGCACUCCUUCGACGAAUCUCAUUUUAAGAUGAUAAUGACAUACAUCAGCAACCGAAACGUUGACAAUGAAACAGAAAACAGUGUUCCCCUUUUUAUAAUAAAUCAUUUGAAGAAAAAAACAUAGCUAAGAUAAAAAUCGAUGCGGAUUGAUAGCAGUUAGUGUUCUCCUUUUCGCUGGCGAUUUAUCUAUUUGCUGCAUAGAAGAUAAAGAAGCAAAAAACUAAUCCAAUCAAAACUAACAAACCAACAACAACAACAGUGAGAGUGAUCUGUAGCCAGGAACAGGGAAGCGAACAUGUAGUACAGUAUGUCAUAGGAUUUCUUUGCCUCGAUUGGCGACGACGUUAUUGGUUUCGCUUUGUAGAUGAUUGAGUUCAGCACAAAUUCAGGAUGCGCUGAGCGAUGUCGUCGUUGGGGCAGUGCAUCCUCUUAUCGUAUACGAACGCAGCAUAGCUUUUUAGGUCAGGAACAGUAAACAACGAAUCAGUAGGAAGUCUUCCUUAGUUUCAUUUUCCGAAGUUUUGUUUACUCAAUCACGUGUUGAGCACGUGGAUGUCAUGGCAUGCUGCAGCUCUCUAUAUUGCGUUUAACUAUGGAAUUAUUUUAAAUCCAACGAAUUUAUUGUUAGAGCGCAACUUUGAUUGUUUUAGCAUAACUUGACUUGCUCUCAGACUAUGUUAAAUUAUAAAAAAAAAGUUUCCACCCAGAAUCUGUUGUAUUGUUUGUUACACAGAAAUGCUAUUAUGUAAUAAAGUUUGAACUGAGUUUGAAAACUGAAA